UGGAAAAUUUGCUUCGUUGUAAUACCGAAACGCAAUCAGUCCUGCCCCCCGCUCCGGUUGUUGCUCAACGGGACUUGCUAGAUGCUAAACUAGUAGUUGAAGUAGAUGCAACAUGUCCUCGAAAGUAAUUCCCUGCUUUUUUGGCUUCGACUGGUUAAGUGGUAUUAGUGUCUGAUCAAUUCCUAACCGACAUGGUGAUGGUUCGACCUGCGCUGUUAGCGUCUUGGCUUCGGUCAUAUUCACUAUCAGAACUUAUCUCUACGGGUGCUAGAAACAGCAUCAUCAGGGACAUCGAAAAUAAAACUUCGACCAAAAUAAAUGUGGAGUCAGUGUCUCUUGCCAACAAGUCUCUAUAGCGAUGACCCGACUCCAGAUUUCGUUGCGAAGGCCUCCAAUGAGCUCGUAGAUGUCGCCCCUGGACGCUUAUGGAGGAACUGCACUGAGUAGCACUUGCGAAGAUGAUACAGAACAAUCUGAGUACUAUGUCCAGCGGACAAGAGAAACCAUUUCGUGAUCCUCUUUUUUGUGAAAAAGCAACAGCUUGCGAACCUUUGUCAGGAAAGAGGCCUCGUCUGUGUAACUUGUCUAUGCCGCAAAGGUCGGCCAGAGAUCAUCAUCAGCUGCCUCAACAGCAGUCUCUCCGAGGCCUGUUUUGUGUUGAGACGGUGCGCGGGUGUUCAAGGAGGGCCUCCUCUUCGUCUGCAGUACAGCGGCAGCAUAGAGCUAGAACUUGUGGCUUGGGCCUUACCACCUUUUCUUCUUCCUCUUCUUCUUCGGAUGGAGCUCUCCGAGGCGAUGCUUCACGGAGGAUGUGGCCUCAUCCCCGCUCGGCUGAGAAAGGUGAUGAUGAAGUGAGUAGCCCAGGAUCGCGCCUGGCCGGCUCGGUCGAAAGAACACCGCGUGGGACAGAGUGUGGAGCCUGUCAUUUGGAUGGCCAGCAGGUGCUGGCUGAGGCGGCCGAAGCGCCUUCAGCUUCUCGCAGGACCCUGUCGUCGACUUCGAGUUCGGUGUCCGCGUCUCCACCUGCUGGGACAAAACGUCGAAGACGGAGGCGAAGGAGGAAGCGUGCGUACCGUGCGCACAUAGUGUCGUGCAACUGCAGAGACGCCUGAGGUUUUUCAGCAACCAGCACCGUACCCCUACUAGGGGCCCGGCAAUUGGCGCCCUUUUGUGCUCUGGGAUCUUUUACAAUGCUGAGAUUGGUAAAUCGGAACCGGGCGAGUUCAGCACGCAACACGACCCGGAUGGCUGCUGGUCCAUCUUCUACGUCAACGGAGCCGCCGUAGUUGUCUUCAACAAAAUCUGGCUGAGCGAGAUAAAGAAGGGCAAGUUCAGAGUUGUUGCCAGAGACAGAGUAGUCGGGAUUCGCUUGCCGUAUAUUGCUCUGGUUGUGUCUUAUGGACCGGCAGACGGCGGACGUCAUGGUGCUGGCUU